GCUGGUCUGCUAGCUUUGCUUGAUGAAGGUGAACAGGAUUUGAAGGUUUGUUGUCAUUGUACUGCAAUGAUUUGUUGCUUUCAUGUUCAUGUAACUACAAAAUGUACUACAUGUACUCUGUUGUUCUUUGUCAAAAUGAUCAGUGUUACUUACGUAGUCAUACCAUACAUGUACCUUCAUUGUGUACAGGUGUAGUUAUAUGAAAUUUAUGGUUUAUAUUAAUUUUUUUUAACAGGUCUUUGCACUUAAAAGUCUUCAUCACAUAGUUGAUGUGUUCUGGGCUGAAAUCUCAGAAUCAGUGGGCAAAAUGUAAGUUUCGUUAAUUGAUUUUGCAGAAAAGGGUUUUAAUAAGAAAUGGGAAACUUGAAAUUGUUUAUUACACUGACAUAAAGGUUAUUGGGUAUAAGGCAAGUGUGGAUUUUUUGUUUCAAAUUAAAUUUGAGUGCUUAUUGUCACACCAAUCUUAUUGCUGAAGUAACCCUAUCUUGGCCUUGUUUCUGUAUGAAAAAACUGCAAACAACAACGAAAACAACAGCAGCAAAAAGUAAACAAUAGAAUACUACCAUAUACACUGUAUAGCAUUUUCACUCAAUUGGCCAGUAGCUAAUUUUAAUAAUGCGACAAAGGAAAGGUUUUAAAUAAGAAAAGAGUUCAACUUCCAUAGGACUGGUUUCGGACACCAACAUGGCCCCUUUUUAAUUGUUUUGGGCCACCAACAUGCUGGAUGUGACAUCAUGUGAAAAGGCUGCAUCCCUUUAUGUUUUUAUUUUUUUAAUUUUCCUGAUGUUUAGUGAAGUACUGUAUGAAGAUGAAGCCUUCAAGCAUAGACAGCUUUCAGCUCUGUUGGCAUCAAAGGUUUGUGAUAGUAUACAUGUACAAUGUGUUAUUGAAAGUAUUCCAAUGUUUAUGCAGAGCUGCAAACAAUUUUUUUCUCUUGAAAGGACAUACACUGUAUUUCCUACCAAGACACCAUCUUGGUCGAGCAAAAGAAAAUUUUGGUCGUACAUGUACAUCACUAAAAAAAGGUUGAAGUUUACAUGUAUAUCGGGUAAAACAGAGGACGUUGUACACUAAUGUAAAAGAAAACUUCAUUACCCAAGUCAAUGUUGUUUCAUGACUUUGAGAUUGUCCUAACACAAUUAAGUAAGAUUCACUCAAAGUAGAUUUUUAUUCUUCCUUACAAUAAAACGAUUAACAGUAAAAAAAUUAUCUGGACAUAAUGUCUGAACACAGGUGGGAUUUCGUCGGCAUUAGCAAAUUUUGGUUGGCCACUGUCUAAUGACCAACUGUUAUUUUCGGCUUUGUCAUGUGUUUGUAAUUUUUGUAAUGGCGAGCUACACUUUUCAUGGGUGUAUGCUGGGUAAACAAACCUGUCCUUUUUGGAGACAUGCAUAGUUACAAUAAUCCUUAGGAAAAAAUGAAUGACGCUGAUUUGUUUUCUUUAAAGGUUUAUUACCAUCUUGGAGCUUAUGAAGAUUCAUUAACGUAUGCACUUGGAGCAGGAGACCUUUUUGAUGUGAACGGACACUCAGAAUACGUUGAAACUAUUAUAGGUAACUAAGAUUAACACAAGAUUUCCUAGUAGAAGCGGACUAGCUUGCGAUAGAUAAUCUUUGUUUUAUAUACGUGUAACAAAGUGAAAGGAAAGUGAAAAUUGUUUUGUUUUUUGUUCAGUUUCUCUGCUUGAAAGAAUUAACCUCAAGAUAAUUAUUUUGCUCAUUUUUUGCUAUUGUAUCAUUUUUGUAUUUUCACAGCCAAGUGCAUUGAUUCUUACACUGAACAAAGAGUCCUUAAAGUAGAGAAACCAGAUGAGAAUGUCACCAUUGAUCCUCGGCUUGAGGCCAUUGUGGAUAGAAUGUUUAAGCGAUGCUUUGAUGAUGGCAAAUACAAACAGGUCAUUGAUUUGAUUUUGAUUGAAUAGAGACCUUUUUUUAAUAAACACUGUAACCUCUAAUGAAAUACCAGCUGAGUUGCACGGGAAAACGUGAUAUUUUCACAUGUGAAAAUAACAUGUUAUCUUCAAACGUGAGAAAUAUAAUUAACAAUUUGCCAGUAGCAAGCAGAUCAAUUAUUUUGCCAAAGCUGAAGGCUGAGGCAAAUAAUUGAUUUGCAUAUCUUCGGGAAGCGAAGCAAUCUGCCAUUUUUCAUGCAAGAGCAAUGGCAAGAAGGAGAAAGCGUGGUUUUGUUUACACAUGAGCAGAACAUUAUUUGCAGCCAAACACAGUUGAACAACAUUGCACAUGAGCAGACCAUUAUUUCUAGGCAGUUAUUUGUAGAUCACGUGGUGGGCGUUUGGCCAAUGAAAAGUAAGAAAAUUUUGCAUAAAACAAUAAUCACUGUUGCUAUGCCUACAUGAUAAAUCACAUCCUUCGCAGCAAGAAUAUUUAACUCAAAUGGUUUGGUAUUUCAUGUGGUCUAUUUAUUUCGUAUGAAAGUAUCGAAAGAUCAAGCUUUAAUAUAUUUUCUGAGGGGGAAAGAGGGAUUCCUUGGCCAGGUUACGUAAAACCUUCAGAGGGCUCUUACCGGUAACUUUUGUUCUAGAACAAUAACCUAUUGUUUUGAAAUAAUAGUAAUUACGGGUUCCCUUAAUCUUAAGAUGUUUUUUGCAACCCGACCAUGGCCCACAGCCCUAAGUGACACCCUGGCUGCUUGGAGAUACAAUUAAUUUCUCCUCUCAUGUCCAAUAUUUUGCAACACUGAAAGAGAAAUUCCUUAUCAGUUUUAUUCUGUGCAUGGUUCCAACGGGGUCCAUCUUCUAAAGCGUUGACUGCAAUUCCUCUGAAAAUAAGUGUAGCAGGAGAUGAUACAAUAAUUGUUGAAACAUAUUAUUUUAUUGUAGGCUGUUGGAAUUGCAUUAGAAACCAGAAGAUUAGAUGUAUUUGAGCAAGCAAUUUUAAAAUCGGUAGGUACACGUGCAGUUUAAAUUUUUACCAAAGGUAUAGUGUAAGGGAGUGCAUUGAAGACCAGUGCAAACCCUCUUACUCCAACUCUGUGCUUUGUGUGAGUUUCACUUGAUAGAAGGUCAAAACAUGCGUGAUCAGAUGGCAUUUUUUUUUCAUUUCAUUCAUUCUUAGUGGAAGUCCUGUGAGAUGAAUAAUUUUAUAGGCUACAUACUGUAUGUGCUGUGCAUACAUAAUAGUAAAUAGGACUAGGAUUGCAGGCUCCUGUUAUUCAUGAGUGAGAGUGAGAUAAAAGACAAUUGAAAACUCAAACUAGAAUUCAGUUUUGACCUGCAACGAUAAUUACAUCCAUGCCACAGGUCAAAAUUCAGUUCCUGAAGGUUAAAAUGUUUUCACCUAGGUUGAUUCUCUAUUAAUUCCUCUGUCUCCUAGCCCUAAUUUUUCAUGAAUUAGGGCUAGGCCAGACAGAGGAAACUGAGAGUCGACCAAGGUUAAAAAAAUUCAACCUGAACAUAAUUUUGACCUGUAACAAGCCUUCUGGAUGAAAAUCUCCUGGUCCUAAUGCAAAAUCACAAGGCCACUUUUAUAUAACAUACAUUAUAGAAUGAUUAUUAUAUUAGACAGUACUUUUUCAUGAGUGUAGAUAAUUAUGGUAGUUAAUGAACAAUAAUAUUGUUUUGCCAGGAUGAUGUGCCUGGGAUGUUGUCCUAUAGUCUUAAUGUCUGCAUGUCACUUCUCCAGAGUAGACAGUUUAGAAAUAAGGUGAGUUGUUUUAAUUUACACUUUUGAAUAAUAGGCUUGAUUUCCUUUUUUUCUUUUGUGCCCCUAACCAAAGACAAAUUUUACGUUUUUAAAAGGGGAUAAAAUCUGGGAUUGGGCCUCGAAUAGCUGGAGGUCAAAUACAACUUCUAAGUCCUUGAAAAAAAGGAUAACUGUUUAUAGUGUGAUGUUGACAGUGAAUGAUCAUGUUAGGUACACAUGUGCACCUGUAUCAAAUGAUGAAAUUUUUUGAAUGUGACUGCAGCAGAUAAACAAAGAUACAGUGCCCUAGACAGUUGUUGCUGCAUGGUCAACUGAUAAUUCACCUAUAUACAUGUACAGUGUACAUUACAUGAAAGUGGAUUGAUAAUGAUCAGCUUGAUGAAGAGUCAGGGGCUUUGGAAAAAAUUUUUCUGUCGUUGACCAGGUUCAAUAUAAAUAAAUCUUAUAUUUUGAUAUUAUUAAUGAAGCACAGAUUAGCAGGUAACUGUAGAAGCCUGCUAUAAGAACUGGCUGCAUCAAGAAUGAUAUUAAGCAAAACACUCAGUACAACUAGUGAUGUUUUAAAACAGAAUAAUUUUUAAUCGGUUACCAGAUACAGUUGUAAACAAGUCUUAACCUGUCUACCUUCAUCUUGCCUUGCUUGUACAGCCAAAUUCUGUAUCUGUCUUCUCUGAGAAGUACUAUUUCGAAGUUUUUCUAGAAUGAAUAAGGAUACGUAUGGCUGCAGUUGCACAUAAUGCAAUGAUAAAUUGAAAUUACCACUACAAGUCAAGAAUUAGACACUUUGCUGCCUUACACGGUACUGUAUAAUAAAUUAAUGGUACAUGUAUGUGCAUUUUUAAAUCUCAUAGGUUCUUAGAGUCUUAGUACAACUAUACCUGAACUUAGCAACACCAGACUUUAUUAGUGUUUGCCAUGUGAGUAUAUACAAACUGCUUUAUUGAUUGAGUAUCCUUGGUAUGAAUGUUAGAAUUUAUAAUCAAGUCAUACUGUAUUGAAUGGACUUUGCAUCAGACAUAUUAUUUAGGAUUAUUUUUUUUUUUGUAUUUUUAGUGCUUCAUUUUUCUUGAUGAUGCUCAAGGUGUGGCUGAUAUUCUUGAAAAACUUAUAAAGGACAACGAGGCAAGUGCAAUGACGUGUUUGAGACAAAUUUAUGAGAAUCAACGUAAAUUAAAAAAUUAAACCUGAAGAAAAAUUAAAACAAAAUAGACCAAUCCCAUGAUUGUUCAGGUUAUGUACACUGUAAACAUGAUUACACCAGUUAAGUGAUAAUUCAGAUGACUAAGAAUGUGUUCUUUGAAGUACCACAAAAAUACAUGUAUUACAGUGUGACCGGGAAAACCAUGAACACUUGAAAUAUUUCUGAAAUGUUAUUGUGUUCCACGGAAAAGGCCAAUAAGGUGUGAGAAAACUAAACUGCAAGCAAGGUCAGGGUUAGCAAAUUUUAUUGAUGAGUGGAAGUGGUCUUUAAUUUUAGUCAUUUUGGAAUAUUUUGUGGUUUUUGGCUAUCGUGAGGGUUCUGACCUGGAAAGCUCAAAUCCAUGAUGUAAUUUACCCUCUUUGUAUAACCUUACAACGCAAUUGUGAUUGGUCAGGAUAAAACACGAAAAUUUCUUGAGUCGAAGUGGCUCCCUGUUUGUUACCGAAAACAUUCCGUAACCUCAGUGAGAUAUUUUUUCGAUUGUUCUUUAAUUAGUUUGUGGUUUUGUGGCCAGUUCACAUGUCUUGACCUUUGCUGUGAUUGGUCAUAACACAAUAAACAUUCCUGAGAUAUUUCAAUUGUUCAGGGUUUUCCUGGUUGCACUGUAAUUAUUGGAUAUGCUUACAGCCCUGUACUUAUUUGUUUUAACUUUUACAUUCAUAGAAGGACCAGACAUUAAUGGCCUAUCAGAUUGCUUUUGAUCUAUAUGAAGGAGCGACUCAGCAGUUUCUCUCAUCAGUAAUUUCUGUAUUAAAAGCAACAGUGCCCUUUGUGUCUGGCAAUGAGACAGCAAGCUCAGAUGGCUCUGCAGAGGCUAAAACAGACAAGAAUGGAACUGCAGAUAAGUCAGGGUUAGUGACAAGGAGGGGUUUUACAGUGUAAUUAAGAAACAAUUUUUUGUCAAAAUUAUUUAUAAUGUAACAUGCUAGAAAUUUCCCAUAAUUGACCAAGAUAUCUUGCACCCUAUCAGAAGGACAGAGUUCAAGAUUCAGAGUUCGAGUCACUUGUCAUUAGGAUGUUUUUGUUUUAGCAAACAUUGAUUUUUAGUUGGUAUUUUUUGUAUAAAACACAUACAAUGAUCAAUGGUCAUUUUUACAAUUUUAUUGCACAAUUGAUACUUCAUGUAAUUAUCAUUUUGAUUGUGUGACGUGACCUGUUGAUUUCCUUUCCCUCCACUCCAAAGGAUCCUCUUUGUCCUUUAUUUUUAUCAUAUACAAUUUUUGUUUAUUAGGGAUGCAGCAAUGGAGACCGAUGAAGGAGAAAAAGAAGUUCCAGCUAAGAAACCCAAAACAGAACCUGUCCUGGUGAGGCCAUCAUUUGAUUUUAGUACAUUAACUGUAAAAUCAUAGUGUUACCUAAUUAAAGAAUGUGGAAUUUUUUUGUUAUGGCUGUUGGUAAUUACUAGUUAAAGAAUCAGUGCUGAGCUACAGCUGUAAUGGUACUGUUAGAAUGGGCUUGUGGUACAGGCAUGUGUAGCUUUGAUAUUGGGAUGUUUAAUCUGUUCUGUAAGUUUUCCAUGUGAAAUGAUGAUAAUAAUAACAAACAAUCUUCAUUAUCAUGAUCAUCCUUCACUGUAAUCAUCAUGAUCAUCAUCUUCAAUACGAAGCAGCAGCAGCAGACAGCAACAACUGCGUACACCAUCACCACUAUCAUUAUCAUGGUCACUAGCAUUGACACACUGGUCAUCAUCAUCAGAAGUAGCAGCUGCAACAGUAGCAUUAACAGCAGCGAUGGUAUGCAACAUGAUGAUAAUCAUCAUCAUCAUCAUCAUUCUUCUUCAUUGAUAUCAUUCUUGUCGUCAACAACAUCAUAAACACCAUCCAUAUUUUCUUUCCCUGUAUACUUUAAUCAAUUAAUUUUAUUCUCAUUAUAACUAAAAUUAAUUUUAUUUAUUUCAGAGUGAAAGCGAUAAGAAGCUUGUGGAUAAAGUGAAUAAGCUCAUGGCCAUCCUUGGUGGUGAGACUACAAUCGCCCUUCACCUUGAGUUUCUCAUCAGAAAUAACCAUGCUGAUCUUCUGAUACUAAAAAACACCAAGGUACAUUUAGCUUUAAGAAUUGUGUUACAUGUACUUAUCAAAUCUGUAUAGUCUUUGAUGUUGUGAAUUAAUGUGAAUGUUAUAGGAGGGCAAAUUUAAAGGCCACUCUUUUAUUGCAACAAUUUUACUGGUACAUGAAUUUGACUUAAGGAUGUUUCUCUUUUAAAGCGUAAUGUCCAUGAAAAGAUAAAAAUAAAAUAUAUACAUUGUGCAUUAACAUCAGACAAUUAUAUCAAUACCUGUAAAAUUACUGGUUAGUGGUAUAGGCAAAUAUUUAUUGAUAUUAAAGCUUAUGUUUAAAAAGAUAAAAAAAUUAUUGAAAGCAUAAUAUCAUAAUAGAAAACCCUUGAUUACUUUGUGCAUGAAUCAUUAGGUAGCCGUUAUUGUUAUUUUUCUUUUAAAUGACCUUUACUGUAAAAAGACCGAUAACUUCUUAUGAAGAUUAAGGCACAAUAAAGAUACCAUUAGUGUGCAUGUGGCUAAAUAUUAAUAACCCUUCAAGGCUGUGCAUUACAAAACAUUGAAGGGGGCCCAGGGCUCUGAACCUGUAAAAUCCAGGGUUCCCAGCAUUGGAUUUCUAUGAAAAAUCUAAUAUUUUGUGGUCACCCAGAAAUAAAAGUCAAGGGCCAGGGGCAACCAGGCUCUGCUAGAGCAUAGCCUUGCAUUUAAAGCCCCAAUAUAAUAUCUGCAUGUACAUGCAUAAUUCCCAGACUGCUUUCUUUAUGUUUCCCAUGGUACUGAGAAUUUGAUUCACAAUCAAUACCUUCACUCACCCUGUGCAUUUAAUUAAAUCGAUUGUUUUUGUCUCCAUGUAGGAUGUGUCAAGAAGUUCUGUUUGCCACUCGGCUACUGUCAUAUCUAACUCCUACAUGCACUGUGGAACAACAAGUGACACUUUCCUUCGGUAUGCUUCUUGCUGUUUUUUAAAAAAAUAUCUCCUGUGCUACAUGUACGGUGUACAUGUAGUGAAAAAUAUUAAUGAGGGCAGGGUUCUGAGCUUCACCUCUUUUAUGUGUUCUUGAAUUGCUGUGGAUAAAUUUUGUCUGCUGUGCCAAAUCAGUAUAUUGUUCCAACCCAGUCCAUUAAAUCAUGAUCAGUAAUGAAAUAACUAAAAGGCAGGGAAUUUUUUAAUUUGACGGUGAAAGGACUUCCUUUACAGCAGCUUUGCUUAAUGAAAAUUAACUCAAGUCAUGGAUGAAUAUUUCAUUAUUGAAGACAGAGAAAGAUUUUUAUUGUAUUAUAAUUAUUUUAAAUUCCUUUUUUUGUAUUCCAGUAUUUACCAUGUGUACAUGUAAAAUGUUGGUUGUUGUUCUUUAUCAACAGAAAUAACUUAGAGUGGCUUGGAAGAGCAACCAACUGGGCAAAAUUCACAGCUACAGCAAGCCUAGGUGUCAUUCACAAGGUUUGUGUAACUUAUGUAGGGUAUGUCUGUAAGCAAAAAAAAAGGGUUGAGUUAUGGGGCCAAGAAUUGGUUAUCAGGUCAUUGCAAUUUUAUUGCUGACUGGUUAGUUCAAUGGGCCAUUUCAAAGUUCCAAAAACUGUCACUUUCAAAAACAGGCUAAAUGCAAAAUCAUUUUCGUAUUAAUGGCCUCCCACUUAGCCUCGCUUUGAAACAGAGGCCUACGGAUUUGGUACCAGACUUGACAUUGGAUUCCUGGCUGGACCAACACUCUUGUUCUUCAAACAACUGAGGAGAAUGUGCUGCCUAACUUGUUUCAAAUACAAAAUGGUUAGACAUUCUAGUCUUGUAAGAAAAAUGCUGGGGCCCUGGCCAUCUCACUGCAAUUCUCUGGUCUGACUCUGCUGUUGGACCCUAGAGAGCCACUAGGGAGGUAAUCACCCAUAGGUUCUAUCUGCCAUGGGUUGUAAGAAUGGGAGAGGAGGGGAGGGUACCUUGCAUGGGACCUAUGAGUCCUAUUUGUGCCCCUCCCCACUGGGCCAGGUACAUCUGUACUCAGUAUAGCUGACAGAGUAAAAUUAUAGCAUUUUGAUUUAUACCCUUACUAAUGCUCUCUGUGAUUUGUCUUUUCAAAGGGUCAUGAACAAGAUGCUUUGAAGCUAAUGUCCACCUAUCUGCCUAAAGAUGGCAGUAGUGGUAGUGCUUAUCAGGAAGGAGGAGGGCUCUUUGCUCUAGGUAAAACUUUUGUCAACUAUAUGGAUUGAACUUCAAGCAUCAUAGUUAACUUCAGACAAGGAUAUCCCUCACUCCAUCCCAUUGCUGUGGACUGAAAAAUUCGUAAGAAAUGCUGUUAAGGCUGCAGUGGAUUGAGUAUUUUCCUCAGUCAGUCUGUAAAGAAAGUAAAGUUGUGUCAGAUAUCCUGGGCCCGUUAAUGAUGUGGUCAAUGAAGUGGAUAAUCUUAUAAUUAUCAUUACAUGCCUUUCUGUAUUACAAUGUCAGGAAAUCUUUAGUUUUUGGGGUAUAAAAAUAACAAGACUAUCAUUAUACUCCUACAUCACACAUUUAAACAAAUUCUGUGUGAUGUUUAUAGUUUCAUUCUCUUUGUUUGUUGCAGGUUUAAUUCAUGCUAACCAUGGAGGAAAAAUAAUUGAGUACCUUUUACAACAGCUGAAAAAUGCAACUUCAGAUGUAAGUUUUACCUCUGCUUGAAUAUUCCAAGUAACCUACUAUAAGUACUGAAAUAGUAAACUUAACCUCUAUAAAAAUAUCAGUUUCCCUGUCUUUUCAUAAAAGUCGAUACAACAAAUUGUCAUUAUUUUGAUCAUACUGACAAAGAAAACCCACCCUCAGUAUAACUUUUGUACAUGUAAGUAGUAUGAUCCAUGAUCCAUUCAUAACGUUCACUUUAAUGUAAAGGUUGGUUCCUCUUUUUUUGAUAGAAAUCCCCAUGCCGAUUGUAUAUUGCAAAUUUUAGAGACUUACUUGAAAUCCCAUGGUGCAUUAAGGGCUCUCUAGGGACGUUUCUGUCAUCAAUACUUAUAUUUUUUGUUGUUGUUGCCUUGAAAUUUAAAAAAAAAAAAGGAAAUGUUAUCUUGCAUAAAAACAAUGUUAUGUAACUAAAAAAUAUAAUUACAGUGCUAAUUAAGUAGUGUUGUAUCAAUUUUUGUAGUUUUUGUUGAUCAAAUUCCAUAGAAUCCUCUUGUUGCUGUUUGUUUCCAUUGCAUAGCUAAACACAAUGCUGUUGAAUGAUAUUGAAAUUUGUUUUAUUUCAUUAUUAUUUUUUUAGAUGGUCCGUCAUGGAGGAUGUUUAGGUCUUGGAUUAGCAGCAAUGGGCUCUGCAAGACAAGGUAGGAAUUUUGAGUACAAAUUUACUUCAGUAGAAGCUCUCAUAUGUGGACACUCAGGAUGUGAAAGAGGUGUCUUUUACUGGAGCUGGCCACUUACGAGAAUGGUUCUUGUAUUGUGGCCACUAGAGGUGUAAGAGUUAGGUGGCCACUUGCGUUUGCAGGCCCAGCUACAAAUAAACAUAAUUUGGAAAUCGAAAAAAAACUGUUUGAUAGUGUUUGGCUAUACUGUUUAGUUAUGCCAACUUUGUAAUUAAGUCACAAGCAUACAAUUCAGUUGUGGAUGUGAAGGAGACAAACAAACAAGCAAACAAACUAACUAACACGGAAACGCCUAUAAAUUCAUAGUACCUAACAGCGAAUUGAAGUUGAUUUAUUAAACAAUAAUUAUUACAUGUAAAAUGCAAUAUUCAGAAGAGGAUGAGAUUUCAUUUUUGGUGUCUGCCAAUGAGAUCUUACAAGCAAACCCAAAAAUCCAUGAAAGUGUCUGAGGAUGCUUACGGGAAGGUCCACUUAUCAGAAUGGAAAAAUACAGAGUUUGUUUUGGAAUUAAAAGGGGUUUCAGUAAAGCCUGGCUGCCAUAAGUAGAGUUGUCCCUCUAAGAGAGUGUCCACUAAGAGGGCUUCCACUGCAGUUACUUGUUUUGAAAAUCACUCACAUCACUAGAUCCAGGUAACCAAAGGAUCCGAAAACGAUAAACCACUAUGUCUAAUUUCAGUGAGAAAUAAUCUGAGCAAUGAAUUACUGUUGGUAUUUCAGUCAACAGCUUAGCUGUAAAAUAAUGUUAUAGAACCUCCUGAGAAGACACAUGGCAGUAGUGAUGAUGGAAGGGGCCUAUCUAAGACACUCAUUAGCCAACAAUAUUUCUCAGGGAUUAAACUCUGCUAACAUCUACAUGCAUAAUAAUUGUACUCCAAUGCCAAUACAUUCAGGAAAUCUUCAGAACUAACAUUAAUUUUAUUCUAUAUUAGUCUGAAUUGUGAAAAAGUAAAAAAAAGACAUUUUACCCUCUAAAAAAAUGAUAUUGAUAUUACUGCAUUUGUGUAGGCUACAUAGCAGGCAUUCGAAAGGGAAGCUUCUCUCGUGCCUUAAAUCCCCUUCUGAACGCCUGCUACAUUUGUGAAGCUUCUAAUGCUCGUCUCUCUUUUAUUUAUUGCUGUAAUGUUUUUUUCUUUGGUUUUUAGAUGUCUAUGAGCAGCUGAAGACACAACUUUGGGAAGAUGAUGCUGUUACAGGUUUGUGUCAAUGACUUUAAUAAGUAUUCCUCAAAACCACACUUAGCUCAUUGAAGCAAGUCCAUUUAGGUGAUGUCAUUUGCAUAAAAUAUCAUGGUGAAAUGUAUCAUCCCCCUGUUUCAUUGAGCAAUUGUUGGACAUAAACUACAUGUAAGAAAGGGAUGUUUAAAUUCUGGCUUAUUAAUGUUUUGUCUGUAACAGUGACAAGUUCCAGGGUACAUAUAGGAGUUGUUGUUGUUGUUGUUGUUUUUCUAAUGCAAAAGUUUUUCUCUCUACUAUUUGUCUUAAGGGAAAGAACUACAAGCUAAAAUAAAAUAACUAUACAUGCCUAGAGUUAAGCUUGUAUUCAAGAAUAAAAAAUGAUUAGUCAUCCAUGCUAUCUGUUUAGCUUCUUUGAUUCUUGCUUGUGAAACUUUUUCCUUGUUGUUCAUCAUUUUCACCCUCCCCUCCCUCUCAACUUUUGUAGGGGAAGCUUGUGGUCUUGCCAUGGGUUUGGUUAUGUUAGGAUCAAAGUCUGCUACUGCUAUAGAGGAGAUGGUCGGGGUAAGUCUUGUUACAUUUUCACCCCAGUAAUACAGUACUGCUGAAAAGGAUUCGAUUGAAUAUUAGUCGCGCCAUAGGGUAUCACCCUACAAAUCCACAUUUUUUUUUUUUUUUUGAUAAACGAAUUGUCUGAAUUACAUUGUGUUAGAUAUGAUCCAUUAAACGGUGCAGAAAAAGUACAAGUUUUCAACACGAAGAAAAUUUUAAUGAGUUAAUUUUAUCUUACUGCAGUACAGGCAGUGAUAGCAGUAUAUCACCUUAAAUGACAAUUCAGGUGUAAAUGAUAUUUCUUUUUGCACCUUUCUGUUUAUACAUUCAGUAUGCACAAGAAACACAACACGAGAAAAUCCUACGUGGUCUCUCAUUAGGAAUUGCAUUGGUAAGUUGCACGCGAUGUUUUAUGUACAUUUUAGACGUACAGUGUAUAUUAACUACAGGCUUAUUCAAAGAUUGUUAGGGACCUACACACAGUGUAUAGACUGCGAGCGGUCAUCCUUCUUUCUACUUUGACUCAAAAGAAAAUUAGUUUCAUUUUUCCUUGUUUCAAAAUCAUUAUCAUACAUCGCCGUGUGAAAUCCUUUUGACAGUAAGCAUUUGAUAAUGUUUUGUUCAACCGGGAUAACUCCAGGUACGAAAUAGAGUUAAAGUCACUCCUUUGGUUUUAUGGCGAAUUUAUGUGUAUUUCUCAUUUUACAUUUUGUCAGCGUAGCACUUGGUGUUCUUCCGAACUUGUAAGGCUUUCCAACAAGACGUAUGCCCCGGCCUUCGGUAGUGUUAAUCGUAGCUUGCAUAGCUGGCAGUUUUGUAGGGUAGCAGAACGUAAUCAAGCAGGGAAGCCUCCUGGAGUAUGGAACUCAUGUACUAGCUUGUUAAGCUACGCAGGCUGUACUAAUCUUUACUAGCUGCCUCGGCCCAAUGUAUUUUAAUAGCAGGUGUAGGAUUGAUUGAUUGAUUGACUUAUGAUGGAGGGAUUGAAUUGGACUGGAUUGCUUUUGGGAGCAAGGGAUGGCUUUUUGGGGAGCAAGGGAUGGCGCAGUGGUGAGAGCGCUCGCCUCCCACCAAUGUGGCCCCGCCCGGUUUCAAAUCCCGGCGUCGACACCAUAUGUAGGUUGAGUGUGUUGUUGGUUCUCUCCUUUGCUCCGUGAGGGUUUUCUCCGAGUACUCCGGUUUUCCCCUCUCCUCAAAAACCAACAUUUCCAAAUUCCAAUUCGACCAGGAAUCAGGUAGACGAAGAACCACUUUGUGGCUGUGCUACCUCCAAAUCAUUAAUUAAUUUUUAUUUAUUUUAUUUAAUUUUUCGUGUCUUUAUUCUCUAGGUGAUGUAUGCUCGCAUGGAAGAGGCCGAUGCACUAAUUGAAAGUCUGAUGCAGGAUAAAGAUCCUAAUCUGCGUCAAAGUGGCAUGUAUACCGUGGCUAUGGCCUACUGUGGGACUGGUAACAACAGGGCUAUCAAGAGAUUACUGCAUGUAGCUGUAAGUUAUGAUAAUAAGAUACACUGGCUUGUCACACAAUACCGUCAAACUACUGUCACGCAAUCUUUUUCAUGCUGCUUAACAAUAGUGUCUUGUAAUAAGGCAUCUCAUGAAAUUCGGCCACAAUAUUUUCGUGCAGUUUUUAAACUGGUGUCAUUCCUAUUGUUGUGACUCUAAGAUCUGAAAUAAGUGACCUUUUAAUAGAUUCUACUUAUUAUGGACAGUACAAUAACAAAUAAGACUUCACAUCAAGGAAUAAGGGAUGGCAUGAAAACUAAUUUUCUAUAAAAACACGCGCUUGUAUGGUACGUUGAAGUAAUGGUGUCUAUUUUGGGUAGUAACGCGUAAAGAACAGGAAGUUAUGCCCGCCCCUUAUUUGCGUGUCAGAGAGCGAGGAAUCUGUUUCUUUCGUUACAAUCAUUGUUCAGAAGUUGGAUAACUGUUUGUUUCUUUAAUCCAAAUUUUAGGUGAGUGAUGUCAGUGAUGAUGUAAGAAGAGCAGCAGUAACGUCACUGGGCUUCCUUCUUUUUAGGUAUGUCAGUUAUGCUUGUAUGAAGGUAAACAGGCCAACAGGUCCGUUCUCAAAUUCUUCUUCUUUGUUUGAUGGUUAUGUCCAUUUAAAACCCCAGUGGAACUUACGCCCUUUCACUGCCAGAGUGAAUAAUGGAAACUUGAAAGGUGGUUUAACUUUUGAGUCUGUGGAUGAAAUCCUAUGGUGUUACCAUUGAAAUGAAACCUCUUCCGCAGUACUUUCACAUGGUACUUUUUAUUUAGUAUGUAGUUCUAACUUUUGAGUCUGUGGAUGAAAUCCUGUGGUGUUACCAUUCAAAUGAAACCUCUUCCGCAGUACUUUCACAUGGUACUAUUUAUUUAGUAUGUAGUUCUAAUUUUUGAGUCUGUGGAUGAAAUCUUAUGAUGUUACCAUUCAAAUGAAACCUCUUCAGCAGUACUUUCACAUGGUACUACUUGUUUUUCAGCAUUUUACAGAAUGACGUUGGGAAAUGUUGUUGAAUUAUGACUUUGGCCACCCUUGCGAGUGAAAGGGUUAAGGAAGUGGCCAUUUUUAAGUGCUUAACUUAGUCCAAACACAGCCUAUAGAAGCCUAUGUUGCAAAACACUUAAAUGUCUUUUGUUCUUGUUUUAGAACUCCGGAGCAAUGCCCUAGUGUCGUGUCGCUGUUAUCGGAGAGUUAUAACCCUCACGUGCGAUACGGAGCUGCCAUGGCUCUAGGUAUUGCCUGCGCAGGCACUGGGCUCAAGGUAAGACAUGACAAGACCUUAAAAACUCCACUGAAAACAAUUCUUGGCAAUAAAAUCUUCUCGCUGUGGUAAAUCCACAUGGUGACUUUCAUAUUGUUGUUCAUUGUUGGUAGGGUUCGUUAGUUUUUAAAAUAGUAGGCAAAUUUACUUUUUAGUGACGUUUUAAUCCGUUGCGUCGCCGUCGUGGCUGCUUAGCUCCCUCUUUUUGAGAAUAUUGUUCUUCAUUAAUGAGGAUGUGAGGAUGUUGUUUUCUUGCUGUAAUGUUUUACACACUUACUGUACCUGAGUACCAGUAACAACGUAGGAGAACAGUUUAAUUCUCUAUUUCUUUUCCGUAUUACAAGAUAUAGAUCGUUUCCACUCACAUUAUUUGCGGCUAUACAAAUGUCUUUAAACAAGAGAAAGUUUUUACAUAAGGAAAGAGUUCGAUCCCACAUGAUUUAUUUGGUUCACCAACAUGGCCGCCGUUUCAUUGUAUGGUACACUAAUAUGGCCGCCGUGACGUCGUGCGAAAACGAGACAUUUUUAAAAAAUGUCAAAAUUUCGGCUUGUCGGUUAAAAAGAUUUGCCCCUCCCCCACCCCUUUUUCACAGUCAACAGUCAACAGUGUAUCUAAGAAAUAUUGGUUUUGUUUAUUUUUAGGAAGCGAUUGGUCUUCUGGAGCCUAUGACCAAUGAUCCUGUAAACUACGUUCGACAGGUAAAACAAAACUUGUCACAUACUCGACUCGCUCAAAAUAGAAAAUCUGACUUUCACUGUGAAAGGGAUUUUUUUUCCAUUCCCUUUUCUUUUAAUUUUUUUUAGGGUGCUUUAAUCGCCAGUUCUUUGGUUCUCAUUCAACAAACGGAGCUCUCGUGUCCCAAGGUAGCCAAGUUCCGUGAGAUUUUCGCCAAAGUGAUCUCAGACAAACAUGAAGAUGUUAUUGCCAAGUUCGGUGCCACACUGGCUCAAGGCAUUCUGGAUGCUGGUAAGUUCUUGCAGGAUCAAAACAGCGGGCAAAGUGUGGUUAUCAGUACAAUGGAUCCUAAGCCUGCAAAUACAGCCGUCUCUCUAGCGGCGAGGAGAAAGGAGAGACGGCUGGAUUCGCAGGCUGUCGUUUCUAAGAAUACAAAUCAAUUUUCAGGGAGUAUUUUACUCCUUGCGGGAGUAUUGCCCCACUGCUGUGUGCGCAGUAUAUAGAUGUCCCUCAUUAUAAGGGUAUCUGCCUCAAAGGGGUGUCUGUCUUACUAAGGUGUUUACCUUACUGGGGUAUUUGCCAACAUGGGAAUCCCUAUUACAGAGAUGUUCUUCGCAUAAGGAUGUCUGAAAUAAAGGGGUUUCCGCCUGACUGGGGCGGGGGUAUUUCCCGAACUGAAGAUCCGCAUGAAAGAGAUGUUCUUUGCCUUAAGCUGUUGUUUCCCUUCCUCCUUGUCGGCCCUUUUUUAUUGACAAAAAAACUCUAAGUAUUAUCUUAGUGAUAUACACGUAACAGUGUAUUUAGUUUGCAAUCUACUAGUCUUCCGCAGUAGUCAAUGUUGUAUCUUCGAAACAAAUCGCGUACCCCUCGCCCCCCUUCCGUCACGAAUACUCGACUGAUGCGUAUGCUGUUGCCCGGUUUACCACUUCUGAUGUAACCCAGAUUAGUUUUCGCUUUUUUUUUCUUUCGUUUUGUGCGUGAGUGUUAUUCAUCUCCUUACCUAACUGACUUCGUCGUUUCAUUUUGUUGUGAUAGGUGGACGGAACGUGACAAUUUCGUUGCAGUCACGCGCGGGCCACACGCACAUGGCUACAGUGGUGGGCCUAUUUGUGUUCACCCACGUUUGGUUUUGGUUUCCACUGUCUCACUUCAUAUCCCUAGCGUUUACACCUGCCUGCAUUAUUGGGCUUAAUUCAGACUUAAAGGUAAGUAGCAGUUAAGACGACUUUUGUUAAGGCUUUAUGGCGGGUCCCAAAUUAGUGUAGUUGUAACACGGGGUACGAGAUAAGCUUUGCACGCGAGUGAGGAGGACACGCGUGUUCUCCUCCCUAGCGCGUGUGCUCUUUUUUGCGGCCCAUAUUUUCCGUGCGCCUGACUUGCAGUUUACAGUUUGGAUUUAUCCAUCGACAGAAAACUUUCUACCGCCCCGUACUGCUAGUCUUGUCCGGUACUGCCAACAUUUUCCAUUAGAAUGGUCACAUUUUCAAAGAUAUCUUGCCUAUCGUUGCAUUUUUACUCUUCUUGCUCCCAUUGGUUACGAGGUGAUGAACAACGCUGACGUCUGACAGUAUUUAUUUUAUUUAUUAUUUUUUUGUGUGUUGUUUCAGAUGCCCAAAAUGCAAUUCCGGUCAAAUGCUAAACCAUCUCUGUACGCUUAUCCUGAACCACUCAAACCCCCCAAGAAAGAGGAGAAAGAAAAGGUAUGAGGGUCCAGUCUGUGAGGAAAAAAUUUUUCCCCCGACUAAUUUAGCCAGUGAGGGAUUUGGCGAUCAUGCGAGCGAAACAGUGGCGUGAUAGCCAUUAUCCCUUAGUUGAUCAUUUUAUUAAUUCUAGUAACUUUUUCUCUUCAGUAUGUAUUGAUAUUUUUUGGAGAAAAUUGAUGUUGAUCACUUUUGGGACUGAAAGGGUUAAAGGGUGCAUUUGCAUCAGCAUCCCCACCCACGUCAUACCUCCGUGUGUUGCGUUACGUGAACCUCUCGUAAUCCCCGGAACACUCUCACGCACUACCGACUGUACCAGCCUCGUUCCCAAUCAACUGAGGCGAUUUCGGUUGCACUAGGUUCCAGUCCUCUUCUGCUCUCUCGGAUAGCACAAACUGGUCUGGGAACGAGGCAGCGACUGUACAGUUUUUCGGGCUGAGACAAUGUGUUGUAACAUGUGAAACAGUCCCUCCCUAUCUUUCUAUUAGGUCACUACAGCAGUGUUAUCGAUUACCAACAAAAUAAAAUCAAGAGCUAAAAAAUCCGAGGCAUCUGAGGAAAAGAUGGACGUGGUGAGUUUUUCUCUUUUCCGUGUCUUGGUAUUUGUGGUUUUAUUGCUGGAGUUCCUUUCAUGAAGUAUCAGAGGUAACUUUACGCUUAUAUUUUUGUAUUACUAUGCUUUCUUAUUCAGCUUGCUAGAUUAUGUCAAGCUUAUUAGCUUUCGGUCAGUUUACACAUUUUCUUAGUGCAUAUUUCGAUGGCUUGCUUGUUUGAAGGCAAAGUUAUGUUCAGGCUUAGAUUAGGUCCGUUGAGGUAAACUUGCACAUUUUGUAAACUAUUGUCUUACUAUCAGUCAACAUAUCGAUUCAAUCCUUACUUGUAAUCGAUCUUUUUUUGUGUACAGCUGGUGAAGGCAACGUAAAGCGAGUUCCUUAGUUUACGUCACAUGACGUCAUAUCCGAGCCUGGUAGUUUGCUUGAUCAGCAGCGCGGGCGUACCGCAAAAAUGUAGACUUCAAAAAAUUGUAAAAAAAUCGCAAUCGCAGAAGUUAUUUUAAUAAGGUGUAGUUUCAGAUAAGAAAAUAAAAAAGUUUAGGUGAUGGGCACUUUAACCAUCGCCUUUACCAUUUACAACGACUCAUUUCAAUGAUGAUAGCAGGACAGUCGUCCCGAAAAGAGUUUAUCACUCCUCCGGCCUUAAAUCAGCGUUCGAGGAAACUUUUACCUUCAAAACACCGAUCGUAGCACUGACCAUGACCAGUCAAUAUCUAGCAGACAACACAAUAGCUAGCCAACAAUGUUCGAUAUAGCCCUGAUGAGUCAUAGAAAACGGAUGACUAGGACAGAAUCACAAGACGCACUAUAAACCGUGUACUCUCUUAGGAGAGAAGUACUCAUAUUUUACCUUGUUAUUUUUAUGCUUGUUGUUUUUCACAGGAUCAAGAAGGCAGCAAAGAAAAAGUAGCAACUAAGAAGGUCAGUUAAAAUACAGUUGAAGUUUAACGUUAAUUGCUGUGAUUUUUCAAGCAGUAAAUAGAAACUGGCAGCUCUUGAAUAUGCCUAAACUCUGAGUCGAAAGCGGAAAAGAAUAAAAUGGGAAAUCGCGUGUGUGAUGAAGAGUUCAUUAAGUGAGAUAUUUCUUAAAAGUAUAGACGCAACUAAAAAAAAGCAUUGAAGAGGUUUUUUCUGUCGUCUAAGGCAAGGCCUUAAAAAAAAAAAAAGGUUAAAGGCAUGUUUAUAGUGGAAGGUGCACUUAGCUAGUCAGCUAAUUUACAGGCACUCCACUCAAAUAUUUAGAAACAAAUAAUUCAAAUACAACAUAACAGGAUUAAAAACCCCAACUGGCAGAAGGCAACCAGUUGGCUAUUUACAAGCGUGGCCGAGAAUUUAAACUCGGGACGACCGAGCACAAAUCCAACAAGUGGCCAGAGCGGGACUCGAACCCGGGACCGCCGGAUUGCGAGUCCGACGCGCUGACCACUCGGCCACGCUGCCUCUCUCUAAAUAAGAGACACGACCAUUCAGGUUGCAAGACAGACUCUAACCUUUAAAGGCAAUACCCUUAUUUAGUAUAAUGAUAUCAAAAUACUGUCAGGAUAGUGUUUUUGAUACUCUGAAUGGCUAGAUGAAACUUGAAAUACUUAAUACAGGUCAUUUUUAUCAUGUGUUAUAAUUAUCGGGAAAUGUUUUCGGAUUCUGCAUCUUUAAGCUUUGUGAUAUCGUUGCCGUCUCCUUUGUAAUAGUCCCUUUUUCUUAAUGUUAUGAUUGCUGUAUGUGACAUUAAAGAGAAUUUUUAUAUUUCGUAGGAAAAGGAAGAUGAAAAAGUCAAGACGGGCGAAGAAUCGACUGUUGAAAAGAGCGAAAAAGAAAGCAGCGAAAAAAUGGAGGAAGAGGAACCCGACUUUGAAUUGUUAGAGAAUCCCGCUCGAGUACUCCCUGCACAGGUGCAUUGUGAUUUUACAAAAUUUGCCGAGAAACUAAAGCUGCCUCAACACGAGCGAGUUUAACUUGUUUUCGUUGUUCGUGUGAAUACGGCCUAAAGCGAGUGGGAAUUUUGUUUUCUGUCAUGUUUCGCCGCAGUCGAGUUAUCUCCGUUGCUUUCCGCGGCUCUUUCCACGUUUGCCUUGUUGAUUCCUCAGUCCCGUAUUUAAAGUGAUUGUUACCUGUUAAAUGUUUCCCUGCGUUUGUUAUUAUCCGUGUGUUAUCGCGCGUUUAUUGCCUGUUGUAUCUCCUUUCCUGCAUUAGGCGCUGGUUUGACUUAAAUCCGUGGCUGCUGCUGUCUUAUGAUAUUUAAUGUUUAGCACUAGUAACCACUCUAUAGUUUCGGCUUGGAAAGUUCUCUGUGUAGAUCUUACUGUAUUCAAAACUGUUAUAGUGACAUAUCUUCUAAAAUGCUUACUAGUACUUUCUUUUGCAGCUUAAAGUUCUUUCGUUACCAGAAGACAGCCGUUACAUGCCUCUAAAGCCUGUAUGUACCCCAUUUAUUUGUGAGGCCUGUUUUAAACGUCGAACUUUCAAUAUGCUGGUUCUAAUGCUAACGAGCCAAAUCUAUCCUUCUUGCUCAUUUUCUGUCGAUUCGGCACAUGUGAAGUUCGAUGUCUAAAACAGUCCCAAUAUUCUGUCUCAGUUAUGUUCGCUAUGAAUUUCCUACAGCUAUAAUUUUAAUUUUGAUUAGCCUUCUUGUCGUGAAGUUUUGAACAAGCGGCUCCCUCAUGAACCGGCAUAUUUUUGUCUCACAGAUUCCCGGAAUCUCAUAGAGAUUCAUUUACCAUGAGAAUAUGGAGUGAGACAGAGGAUGUUGUUGACCUGAACUUACGGGCCAACGGGGCAGCUAAAAAUUGUUGGGAAGUUGUUCUCACUUUGGCCAAUGAUGUACUUUGUAACGAUCUUCGUGGCGCCGAAUUUGAGCUUUUGUGAGCGUCAGAGUAGAUUUAUCAAUUGUCCCUUGUGUGAUUAUCUUUUAUUAAACUUUAGGUUAACAUAGGAGGUAUUAUUAUGAUGACGGAUUCCAAAUCCGAUGAACCAGAAGACCUAAUUGAACCUCUUCCAGGUAAAUAA